CGUUGGUGCAGUUGUGGACUUUGUGCUUGCGCUAUCAACUUCGCCUUCAGCACCACAAAGGUCCAGAUUGGAUUAGCUGUGACAUGACUCUGUGUUAACGGUUCACUUGUGGAUCUGGGCGGACGAGUGCGGAUGAGAGUCCGCCCAAUUGAGGUGAGGAAAAUGGUCGGAUGGGUGUCCGUCUAUCUUUGCCAUGACUCGAGAGCAGUGAUCUUAAUUUGGGGAUCAAGGCUCGUGGUCCUCGGCCAUGCAUGUUUGGCUCUGACGCUUCUCCGAUUUACCUACCUUCCUGCCGGACCAAUGGCUACACUUUCUUUGUGAGUCAAUACACUCUGCAAUGGUUGCUGGUACGAUCAUGAUGGACAUCUCAACUAUGGCCCUCAGAUUCGGCGAUAGCUUAUGCCACCUUACAUUCCAGGUGCUCUAAGCUAUAACUCCCAUUCUGCAGAUAUCCAUGAGGUGGUCAUCACGCAAUUCUGAUCAAUUGCUACUUCUAUCGCAUGAAGGCCUCCACAGAAGGACAUCACGGCAAGUCAUCUCACUCACGGUGCUGUCUCCUGUGACAAUAACAAUUCAGUCACUGCUUUCAGAUCUCGACCAGGACUCUCACAUGGUAACCACGUACUCGUCUCAGACGAUGAUCAUAUUCACAGGAUUAGAAACUAAAAAGCCACUUCCGAUGGUCUUUCAAGCUCGUUACUGGGAUAUCACGCUGGCAUCAUGACUUGGUCUGCAAGUUCUCCAAGACGAGCUAUAGGGCGUAUGGUACAAAGCUUGCUCAUCGAUAAGUCGCGAGUAUACAGCACCUCUGAAUUUAGCAAGGUCCAGCGUCAAAUCUUACAAUCGAGCUGUUCUCGCUCUCAUCACCAUUGUUCUCGACAACACUCUCUCCGCUAGGCUCCGGCUUGGUGUCCCA